GGGUCGUGUUUUCUUUUUAAUUAAUUGUGCCUGAAAAAAAAAGACAAAAUGGUUUUCGUUAAGAAUUGGGAAGAUUUUGAGAUAGCAGCCGAAAACAUGUAUAUGGCGAAUCCACAGAAUUGCCGUUACACAAUGAAAUACGUGCAUUCAAAGGGCCACAUACUGCUGAAAAUGACAGACAAUGUGAAGUGCGUACAGUAUAAGGCCGAGAAUAUGCCCGACCUGAAGAAGAUUGAGAAAAUCACAAGUAAUCUGGUUGGACACAUGGCUUCCAAGGAGUAGAUGAACAACAAAAAUUGGCCACGGCAGCAAUUGCUAGGGCAACCACUACAACAACAAUAAGCACAUCCAUGCGUUGUUGUUGUUGUUGUCUGUAGCCGCUGUGGUCAUUUUCACCUGCACUUGUAAUUAGUUUGUAAGCGCAUUGGCCAGCUGUGGCUGUAAUUGUGGUAACAGAGUAGUUACAUGUUUAAAUGACAUUUUAUAAAUGUCAGCUCCGUACACAACAGCCGGCGGCGUCAGUGCAUUUAUUUUGGUAUUUGUUAUAUGUGUGCCAGUUGUAAGGGAAAUAAAUUGGCAUGGAAUGUAAA